AUGGUACAGGGAACGAAAAAGGCACAAGAUAAUGAGAAUCAUGGUAUUUCGCAAUCAGAAGCCAAUGAAGUGGAAGAAGGUGAAACCGUGGCAGAAGAGAUAGAAACCACACCGGUGAAUUCUAGGGAUGAAGGGGCGGAACCUACGACGAAUGUACCAGUUGCCAUAAUUACAAACGAUGGGCACAAUUUUGGAAAAGCAACGGAAUCCAAAGAGUCG